AACAGAAUGUUUAAUAAAAUAUUAACUGAGGAAUCAGAAUUUAUUGCAAAAGGUUCAGGUUGGUCACUUGUAUCAAUAGAUGGGUUACAAUUAAGAAUUAAUUUAGUAAACCCUUUGAAAGGAAGUUCAUAUAUUGAUUUACCUAUAUUUAUAAAAAAAAAAAAAGCCAUUAUAAAUGUUAGAAAUAAAGAUGAAUAUUGUUUUAAAUAUUCUAUACUUAGUAAAUAUGAUAGAAGUUCGAAUAAAUCACGAUUUAACCAAACGUAUUUCAAUAUUCUAGAAAAAAAAAGUGGAUUAAAUUUUAAAUGUAUUGAUUUUCCGAUACCAAUAAAACAAAUAAAAAAAUUUGAACGUCUAAACAAUGUUUCAGUUAAUAUUUAUAGUUUAACUAAUAAAAGUAAUAUUUUUCCUUUAUGUAUAAGUAAAAUAGAAAGAAAAAAUCAUUUUGAUCUAUUUUUAUACAAUAACGAUAAAACAUUACAUUAUUGUUAUAUUAAAGAUUUCUCAAGAUUUAAGAAGUCAAUUAUUUGUAAGAGAUGUUUUACAACUUUCGGGAAUAAACCGUGUAAAAGUAAACUUUGGGGUGAAGAAGGAUUGAUUAAACAUAAGCAAAUGUCUGAUAAGAAUGAAUUAGGAAGACCAAUAAUGUUUGAAGAAGGAAAAGAUGAUGAAUUCAUAUAUUUUAAAAGUUAUAAAAAAACCAAUAGAAUACCGUUUGUUAUUUAUGCUGACUUUGAAUGUAUUUUAAACCCUAAACAGACUAUAGAGUUGAAUAAAAGUAGUAAAAAAUCUAAGGUUUCUAAAACCCAUAUUACUCAUUUACAUGAAAUUAUGAGUUAUGCGUUUUAUGUAAAAGUUGACUAUGACAGUAUAACAGAAAAGCUAUUGCAUAAAUUUAAAAUUCCAACAAAGAUAAUAAUGUAUAGAGGUAAAGAUGCAGCAAAAAAGUUUAUGGAAAAUAUGAUCGAUAUUGGAAAAAAGAUAAAUGAUGUAUAUGAAAUUAAUAUACCAAUGACUACAUUGACUGAAAAGGAAGAAAAACAAUUUCAGAGAGCGGAGGUUUGUGAAAAAUGUUUAUUAUCUUUUAAAAAAAAUAAUUUAUUAAAGGUUAGAGAUCACUGUCAUUUUACUGGUAAAUAUAGACAAUGCCUUUGUCUUAAAUGUAAUUUUGUAAUAACUAAUCCAUCAUUUGUUCCAAUUUUUUUUCAUAACUUAUCCUACGAUAGUCACUUUAUAAUUCGAGAACUUGGUUGUGAUAAUAAUGAUAUCCAUGUUAUUCCGAAUUCAUCAGAAAAAUAUAUAUCCUUUAGCAAAGAAAUUGCUCCUAGAUUUAGUAUAAAGUUUGUUGACACAUUCCGUUUUAUGGCCUCCUCAUUAAGCGAACUUGCAGAAAAUUUGUCUGAAGAUAAAUCAAGGUUUAGAGAAACUCUAAAAAUAUUUUCUAAUAAAAAAUUAGAUUUAGUCACACGAAAAGGGGUUUUUCCUUAUGAAUAUAUUGAUAGUUGGAGUAAAUUAAAUGAAACUCGUUUGCCUCCGAAAUCUGUAUUUUAUAACUCUUUAAAAGAUGAAGAAAUUAAUGAUGAUGAAUAUUCUCAUGCUAAAAAAAUAUGGAGAGUAUUUGAUUUAAAAACUUUGGAUCCUGCUCAUUAUAUGACUGCUCCAGGAUUUGCUUUUGAUUGUAUGCUUAAAUAUACUAAGGUUAAAUUAGAAAGAUUAAAAGACUUUAACAUGCUUUUGUAUUUCGAAAAUUCGAUCCGAGGUGGAAUAACUCAAUCAACUAAAAGAUAUGCUAAAGCAAACAUACCAAACAUUAAAGGUUUGAACUAUAAUCCGAAUAAACCAAUUACAUGGUUAACGUAUCUCGAUUGCGUGAAUUUAUAUGGAAAGUCGAUGUUAACUGAACUACCUUUUAAAGAUUUUGAAUUGGUUGAUGACUUGGAUAUAGAUGUUACAAAAAUUCCAAACGAUUCAAAUGUUGAUUCUAUGGUAUAUGCUAUUCGAACACACAAUUUUUUUAAUGAUAUAAGAUAUGAUUUAUCACCGUUUUUUGAUACAUCAAAUUAUCCUAUCGAUCAUUAUUGUUUUAGUGAAAUUUAUAAAAAUCAGCCUGGUUAUUUCAAAGAUGAAAUGGGUGGAAAAAUUUUAAAAGAAUUUGUUUCAUUAAGACCGAAAUUAUACGCUUACAGAACUGUGGACGACAUUGAGACAUUAUAA